AUGCCGAUCAAGUCAGCGACCCUCGAACAGAUAGAGCAAAUGGAGAAAGAGUUCCAGGCAAGCCAGUUCAAGCAUGAUACCAUUGCAAAAGAAGUUGGUAGUGGCAGGAGUAUGCGCAGCAGCAACAACAGAGCCAACAGCGCUGAGUUUCACAGGCCGAGGAUGUCAGUGCUCCAAACACUGGACGAAGCCGCCGAAGCUCGCACUCGGGGAAGUCGGGCCGAUCUCAUCGCUCGAUGCACGAGGCCAAGCCAGUCGUCGGCGCCGACGAGCCGUUGCCCAACUUCGGGGCUGAUCCACUCGAUGCUGGGCCAUCCUGGCAUGUCCCUGCACCACGGAGACCCGUCCCGAGACAACAAGCGGCAGCUGUGUGUUCUCCAGAAAGUGAUAGGCAUGCUGGCGCGCAACGUGGCCCCAGAAGAUGUGGCAGACAUCUUGCAAAUCCCGCUUUCUCAGGUGCAAGAGGCCAAGGGCGCCAUGGAACUUACUGGCUCGACGUGCUACGAGGAGACAGGAGAAAGUCGGCUCGAAGAGGAUGAAGAUGGAGCGGAUGAAGAGCCCUUCUCUCCAGUUUCCAUGACCCAAGCGGUAUUCGUGUCGCCGGAUGGCCCCAGCCUGGAAGCGCCAACAGAUGAACCUGAAGCUGAUGAGGUUCAGCCAGUGCCAAUAUUCGAGAAGCCGCCGACCCCCAAAGCGCCGCCGCACUUGCGUGCGGCAGCGGCGUUUGAGUGUCGCCGCUUCCGGCCCCGUCCGGGCUCCGCACCUGGUCGGCUUCGGCAUGCUGCGUGCGACGUUACAGACUUCAUGCGUCGCAUCAAGCUCCAUGCCUUCCAGCGAAAGCUCCGACCCAAAGAGUUUUUCAAGGAUUUUGACAGACUCAACUGCGGAAGAUGUACGCGAGAUCAAUUUCUCCGAGGGCUGACAGGGCUCAUGGCUCCACGGCAACUGAGCGAUGCACAAAUGCCGAUUGAUGCAGAGGCCUUGGCCGAGCAUUUCGAGUUUUUCCCCCGCCUGGCUGGGCAACCCUUCCUGGUGGACUUCGCACGCUUCUGCCUGGAGGUGGAGACGACCUUCACAACUCAUUUCUUGGAGAAGACUCCCCGGGCCGAAGUUGGGCCCCCAGGCCACGAUGUGAUGUCGGUCUUCGAGCCUAAGCCGCCGCCAGAUCCUGAGAAGUAUCGUGAACUGUUGCAUCGGAUCGGCGCCCUUUGUGAAGCCCGAGGCAUCAAUCUCGGCACCGCGCUUGACGACAGCUAUUGGUCCAGCCUGGAAGCCCACGCCGGGCGCAUCCAGCCUGACCACUUCCUCAGGAUCUUUCCCCUGACGCGGACGACUCCCACCAUCCCUAGCGCACUCUCUGCCAGCGAGGUGCGGCCUUUACUCGAUCGAUUCACUGACCAUGAUGGCUACUUUCGCAUCUUUGCCUUCCAGCAGGAAAUGGAGGACACCGCUUUGAACAUCGCAACAUUUCUUUUGGCCGGUUGUUCAGUGAGUCCUGGCAUAGACGGUUUGAUGUGCAAUUCUGCCUCCUCGAAGAUGCCCUUCGAACAAGCCCCGUUGCCGGCUCCAGGAGAAAGUGUUGGGACGGCAGCCCACGACGGCAACUCACAGCUACCCUCUCCAAGCUACCUCUGCCGGCUUUCCGUUGCAACGCUCCUUUGGCAAAUGAGCGAGGACGGAGAUCAAAUCGAGAAGACGCAAGCGCCAAAGCGGCCCCAGACAGCACGGGAGUCGAGGAACCGUCGUGCCUCCGCAGAGCUCCCCCCGCGGCCUCAAACAGCCGGUGCACGCUUCUCCAAGAAGAUCGACGUGAUGCAAACCCUCCUUUCACAUUUGAUGACUCACCGCGUGCGACUCUGGGAUUCUUUCGCCGACUUCGACCCGCUCAAGAAAGGUGUGGUCUCGCAAGGUGGCUUCAAGAAUGGCAUCACCACCAUGGGUCUCAGACUCCGUGCUGAGGAGAUGCAGCAACUCUUCGACAGGUAUAAAAGUUCCGAUGGCCGGUUCCGCUAUCACGACUUCUGCUCGGAGCUGGACGCGGCUAAUCGACAGCGCAUCGAGAAGACUGAAACAAAGACAGCCAAAGCAAGAACGGGAUAUGUUUCCAAUGAUCGGCCGCAUGUCACGAGCCCUGUCGUCAAGGCUAUCUUGGACAAGGUACACAGUGCAGUGGCCACACAUCCUGGGCAGGCAUGCUACGGCCACGUAUUGGCACUGCACUUUUGGAGGGUCAUGGAUGAUUUGAGCGUCAAAUCCCUCACGCGAGAAGAUCUGGAGGUGGUUUGCAAAGCAUAUUGCGACACUGCUGCUCGGCCUGAGUUCAACUACCUUGCAUUCUGUGCUGUGGUCGACCCUACAUACUCACGUGCGCCGGUCAACGCCCAGAUGCGUAAUCAGGGGGCUCUCAAGCAGCGUGUCUUCUCCUUCGGAGGGCCCAAUCCUUACUACGAUCGCGAAGGUCGCAUCAAACGCUGCCCGGUGCCGCCGUCAACCUGCAAGCCCAGGAGGCAGCGGAUUGCGGUGAGAGCCAUGGCCGUAUUGGACAGGUGUAGAGACGAGUAG